CUCAAACUAUCCUUUUUCAUUGCCGCUCAAAAUGUCACCUAGAAGGAGCGCGAGAAUUCGGAAUAUUGACUUGGGUGUCACUGCUGAGCCCGCUAAACCUGCGCCUGCACCUGCUGCCCCACCAAAACGGAAGCGCAAAGCCCCAGCUGGAGAUGAGAAAGAUGAGCCGACAACAAAGGGGAAGAAAAUACCGGUGAAGAAGGCGAAAGCGACGAAGUCAACCGAUGGAAAGGCAAGAUUGAAGGCAGAUACGACAGCAGAGACUGAGGCUCUUGCGACAGUCCCGGAUGAUGUUUUAUCUGUCCUGCCCGCCGAGAUCCUCCAACAGAUCCUCGACAGCGUAAAUGACCCAAAGAGUAUGGUCAAGAUGGCCUGCACUUCCAAGAGAUACUACGCUCUCGUAAUGGCCAUCCUCCAUAAACGCAUCUCCGUCUCAACAUCCUUCUGGGCACACAUUCCCAAUGUCAUCCGUCGCAUUGAACCUCAUCUAAGCAUAGCCCAAAAGAAACAGCUCAAGAGAGAAGGACAGUAUAAGGGUCAGCAGGAGAAGUUCUCAACUCGUCUUGAUCCAAAUGCCGUACCUCCUUGUGCCAGCAAUGUCCGGCAGAUGAUUAUUGGAAAGAUUGAUCCCGGCAAGAAGCAUAAACCAUUCUUGCUGCGAUAUUUUGAAGAGGUUUUGAAGAAUCUUCAUAACUUGGAGGUCUUCGACGCCGAGGAUCUCACUGAGUCGAUGGCGGAGAGUCUUUCAAAACUGAAGAACCUCAAAUCCUUACGACUCGAGCCUUACCAACGGAGCAUAAGUUCCGAAGCUAUUAUACCACUCGCCAAACUCAGUAAUCUCGAACACAUCUGCAUCGAAGACGGAUCUUGGGGCUCAAUCGCUGUAACCGAUGAAAAAGUCUUGCAGAGCAUGCUCCUCAACUCUUUAUCGACUCUUCAGAGUCUGGAGGUUCGAACGAGCCAAUAUUACUCUAACUUUUUAGUCGACUGGGAAGGCCAGGUCAGAGCUCGCAAUCCUGAUGCUUUGAAGCAAGAGCAUGAUUUCACGGCGCUCAAAUCACUUAGACUACAUGGUAUCUGCUUCACCGGUGAUUUCUGUGGAAACGUCAUGCCGAAUCUCACGAGAGCCUUUGACUUUCUCAAGCUAAGGGAGCUUAAGCUUAUGAGGCUGGAAGAGGGACAACUCACAUUCUUCAAGCAUCUUCAAGACCUGUUCAGCAAAGCUGACAAGCGUGAUAUUCACUUACGAAAGCUGUGCCUGGAGAUGAAAGGACCUGGAUAUGGGUAUGAAUCAAGCUACGCUGAAGUAGAAGUACACCUCGAGGGAAUGUAUCGAUUCAUUUCAUCGUUUGAUUCAUUGACCAGCUUAGAGAUACAUGAUUACAAUAUGUAUAACAAGAAUGUGCAGUCAAACCCGGGACUUUCGAGACGAUUGCUGCAGUCUGUUGUGAAGCAUACGGAGCUGGAAACACUGCGCUUUCAUUAUCGACAUAUGGGCAGUGAGCCAUGGGAGAUCCCGUUUGUCUCAGCCGAGACGGUCAAUAUUCUGGUUAAGAACCUACCCCAACUACGGGUUUUUGAGUUUGCACCCCAAGAGGACAACCUUGAUGCAAUGGCUCGAGCUCUCUCACGUGCCAAAAACUUAACGACGCUGCUCUGUCCCAACUACAAAAGCUUUUACGAAGAUCGCGAAAACGCCCAUUUGAACCUCACCAAAGCUUUACUCGGGGGAUUCAUGGAGAACGCCAGCAGCAGCGAGAAAUUCAUAUGGGAGAAGCAUUAUAAGCUGAAUCGUAUCACAAUAGGGUGGACGGACUUCGGCAUCAGAUCGGGACUGAAGCCAAAGAAGGGAUUUGAGAAACCUGUGAAGAUCACAAAGGGCGAUCGUGUGGUGGUAGUGCAGGAUAUGAACCCUAAGAAUUGGGGUCAUUCUUCGCAGGUUUAUUACACUGCCGAUAGUCGAUGGGUGGAUCAUGUUACGCGGCCGGAGCGCCGUGAAGGACCGUUGCAGCUUGUAUAUGAUGAGUGAGAGUUGGAGACUGGCGCUGCGUUGUGAGUAGUAAUGAAUGAAGUAGGAGGGUGGAAAAGCCAUGAUUAGAUCACGGAAUUAUGGCAUAUCUAACUAGCUCAGAUACUGUUGAACAAGGCA